AUGUUGGCUCUCAGAAAAUCGGCUAGCUCUUGUGCUAGAAGAGUUAUCAGAGCCAAGUCGGCGUCGUCGUCGGCUGCUAGAUGCUUACCAGUCUUAUCUGUUCCAUUGGUGAGAAAGUUCAAUUCUUCUGCUCCAGCACACUCUACCAGAUCCACAGUUGUCCAGCUUUUGAACAACAUCGGCUCCAAAAGAGAAGUUGAGCAGUACCUCAAGUAUUUUACUUCGGUGUCGUCGCAGCAAUUCGCUGUCAUUAAGGUGGGAGGAGCCAUCAUCACUCACCAACUUCCAGAAUUGGCCUCUUGUUUGGCCUUUUUGUAUCAUGUUGGCUUGUACCCUAUUGUGUUGCAUGGUACUGGACCUCAGAUCAACGAAUUAUUGGAGGUCGAGGGCGUGGAGCCUGAGUAUAUUGACGGCAUUCGUGUCACCAACGAGAAGACUAUGGAAGUAGUGAGAAAGUGCUUCUUGGAGCAAAACUUGAGACUCGUUACUGCCUUGGAAAAGAUGGGUGUGCAUGCCAGACCUAUCACUGCCGGCGUUUUUACGGCCGACUACUUGGACAAGGACAAGUACCAGUUGGUUGGUAAGAUCAAUGGUGUAAACAAAUCACCUGUGGAGGCUGCCAUCGACACCGGUUACUUGCCAAUCUUGACUUCCUUGGCCGAGACCCCUUCGGGCCAGUUGUUGAACGUCAACGCUGACGUUGCAGCAUCUGAAUUGGCCAGAGAAUUUGAGCCCUUGAAGAUUGUCUACCUUAACGAAAAGGGUGGUCUUAUCCACGGCCAAACCGGCGAGAAGAUCAGUGCCAUCAACUUGGAUGAGGAGUAUGACGAUUUGAUGAAGGAGCCAUGGGUCAAGUACGGAACCAAGUUGAAGAUCAAGGAGAUCCACGACUUGUUGCAACACUUGCCAAGAUCAUCUUCUGUUGCCAUCAUCGACGUCAACGACUUGCAAAAAGAGUUGUUCACCGACUCCGGUGCCGGAACCUUGAUUAGAAGAGGAUACAAGUUGAUCAACCGUAACUCCUUGAGCGAGUUCUCUAACCCAGACUUGUUGAGAGCAGCUUUGUUGAGAGACCCAAGCAUCAAGAGCGGAAAGUUGUCAGUGGCUUCUUAUUUGAAGCACUUGGAGACCGUCAAGUUCAAGUCUUACGGUGACGCUCCUUUGGAGGUUUUGGCCAUUGUUGUGGAAGAGAACGCUAAGAGCACUACCAGCAUCCCUAAGUUGGACAAGUUCUUGUCUUCUAGAACCGGUUGGUUGAACAAUGUCACUGACAACAUUUUCAGUGCCAUUAAGAAGGACUAUAAGUCUUUGUAUUGGGUUGUCAACGAGAACGACGCCAAUGUGUCGUGGUACUUUUCCAAGUCCGACGGUUCGUUUGCCAAGAACGGCGAGAUCUUGUUCUGGUACGGAUUGAACACUUCUGAAGCUUCUGAGUUGAUUAAGAAGUUUGAUGCUGCCAACGCUGGCUCCUCGUUGUCUUCAGCCACUGACUCUGGUGUUUUUGCUUCUUCUCAACAGAAGAGAGGCUUCCACACUUCGUCAUUCCGCUCUAACCCUUCCACUGGCACUAACCCAAACCCACCACUCCGUGAGGCUAAGACCACUAAGAAGUCAAAGGUGGCUUUGAUCGGUGCUAGAGGAUAUGUCGGCCAAAACUUGAUUUCCUUGAUUGACCAGCAUCCACAUUUGGAAUUGUCGCUUGUGUCUUCCCGUGAAUUGAAUGGCCAGAAGUUGGCUGGUUACAACAAGGACAACAUCGUUUACUCGAACUUGCAGACUGAAGAUAUUUUGGAGUUGGAGAAGAACAAUGAGGUCGAUGUGUGGGUCAUGGCUUUGCCAAACGGAGUUUGUAAGCCAUUUGUUGACGCCAUCGAAUCCGUUGAAGGCUCACAGUCCAAGAUCAUUGACUUGUCUGCUGACUACAGAUUCGACACCACUGGUGAGUGGGUCUACGGAUUGCCAGAAUUGGUUGACCGUGACACUAUUGCCAAUGCCAAGAAGAUCUCCAACCCAGGAUGUUACGCUACUGCAGCCCAGGUGGCCAUUGCACCAUUGAAGGAGUACAUCUCGGGUAUCCCUACAGUGUUUGGUGUUUCUGGAUACUCUGGUGCUGGAACUAAGCCAUCUCCAAAGAACGACAUAAACAACUUGUCUAACAACUUGAUUCCAUACUCUUUAACUGACCACAUUCACGAGAAGGAAGUGAGCAAGCAGCUUGGCUUGCCUAUUGCCUUCAUUCCUCACGUCGCUCAGUGGUUCCAGGGUAUCAACAAUACCGUGUCCAUUCCACUCAAACCAAAGUCCUUGACAUCUAGAGACAUCCGUAACAUCUACCAGGACAGGUACCAGGGUGAGCAAUUGAUUAGAGUCAGCGGCGAGGCUCCAGUCGUGAGAGACAUCAGUGGAAAGCAUGGUGUUGUUGUGGGAGGAUUUGCUGUGAACUCUGCUGAGGAUAGAGUUGUUGUGGUUGCUACCAUUGACAACUUGCUCAAGGGUGCUGCUACCCAGUGUUUGCAGAACAUCAACUUGGCAUUGGGUUAUGGCGAGUACGAUGGUAUUCCAGACACCUUGUUCAUCAGAGGUUAG